GCAGCCACGUCCAACGGGACGCUGGAUGGGCUGGAGAACAGGGAAGGAGGGGUCUGCCAGACACGCUCCAUGAAGAUCAUCAUGAAAGUGGGGCAGGGUGAGUCCUCCUGCAGCCCCCGAGUUCCUGACCCCGCUGAGAGAAAAGUGGAAUCAGAUGAAGAAGGGAAGAGUUCCUCCUCAGGCCCCGUCAACCAGGACGGGCAGGAGACUCAAGGUCCCAGCGACGGUUUCCUGAGCUCCAAGGUCGCCGUCUUCGCGGCCAUCGGCGCCGGCUGCGUCAUCUUCAUCCUCAUCAUCAUCUUCCUCGUCGUCCUCCUCCUCAAGAUCCGCAAGAGGCACCGGAAGCACACGCAGCAGCGAGCCUCCGAAAGCACAGGAGCCACCCGCUCGGCUUUGUCCCGCAGCGCCUUGGCCAGCCCCAAAUGCAGCGGGAACGCCGGCACGGAGCCCAGCGACAUCAUCAUCCCCCUACGGACUACAGAGAACAACUACUGCCCGCACUACGAGAAGGUGAGCGGGGACUACGGGCACCCCGUCUACAUCGUCCAGGAGAUGCCCCCGCAGAGCCCGGCCAACAUUUACUACAAGGUGUGA